AUGACUCAUUGGUGUACAUGUGAGUGUGGUUCAUUGAGAAAGGGCAAGAGGAUGAACGCCAAUGAUAUAUGCCAAAGUCAUCUUGACCUUAAUGCACAGAACGGUGUUGCAAGCUACGAUAUCAAUUCUCUAGUCGAUGAUGAUUUUGAGGUAAUCGGUAGUUUGAGUGAUACACUGCGUUCGGUUUCAUUGGAAACUAGUUCAGAAAUACCGCUGUAUGAUAUAGAAAUUGGUAAUCAUAAUGGCACCGUUACCGAAAACUCUAGUGCAACUGCCGUAAUGAAUAAAGAGGUUGAUGAGAGCACUCCGUUAGCAAACAACAGUUUGAAUUUGAUGUCAAUUGACACUGAUCGAAAUACUGAUAUUCUCACGCAGACCAUUAUUAAAUCAUCAGUCGAUGGUACAGAUCUUUCAGCGCAUUCUGUUCACGAAGAUCCUAUAAACACAGUUGAAUCGAUACGAGCUGAUUAUCAAGCUGCACAGCAGUCAGCCAAGCAGGAAAAUGAGUUGUUACGUAAAGCAUGCGAAAAAAGGAACGAACAGAUCGAAAUGUUGCGUCGUAGAUUGGAUGAAGAAAUUGCACAGAAGAUUCAGCUCAGUGCAGAGUUGGAAGAGACUCAGCGAGUUCUGAAUGAAUGCAGGAUAAAAGUAGACGAAGAGGUUGCCAACAGAAUUGAGCGUGAAGACAUUAUCAAAGUUCUGCAAACCACAAUUGUACAGCUUCAGAGUAACGGUGAUUUAAGUUGUCUUGGAUCAACUGUGGUUAAUGAACAAGCUUUGAUUUCCUCGCUGCAUGAAAAAGAAGAACUCAUUGAGGCGCUUAAAAAACAGUUAGAAGGAGCUGAGGAGCGGUAUGAAAGAGAGCAUAAGGAGGUGCUGGAUUUGGAAGAAAUAGUAAAAGUAAAUCCUCCACGAAUAUCUCCAGAAUGA